UUGCGUUUUCGAGGAAAGGUAAUCAGCUCGCUGAAGCUUGUACUGAUUAACUUUACUUUGGCAUAUAUAUAACUUUUCCCUCGUGUUUCCCCGAUUCUUGUCAAAUGUCAGAGAAAGUGCAUGCCAUUUCUUGUCUUCUUACAAGUUUGUGUUUCUUUGGGGUCCUAAACUGGGUCAAACCGCAGCACUAUUUGUGUGAUUCUACUUCAUCGCAAUAUAGGAGACUUAACAAGCUCAACGUUUGCUGGUACAAGGCAUAUUUUAUUGGAAUUGCACUCGACGUUAAAUGUAGAAAGAGUUUCCCUGCUGACGCCAAACAGCCACACAGAAAAGUUCUGAUACUCGGUGCUGGUUUGUCUGGAAUUGUCGCUGGAAAAACUUUAAAAGACAAAGGCAUUGAUGAUUUCUUGCUUCUUGAGGGACAGAAUUAUAUUGGAGGCAGGAUAAAGCAGGGAGAAAUUGCUGGCUUCAAGGUCGAGAAAGGGGCAAAUUGGUAUCACUAUGCGAAGAAGGAAAACGACACAAUACCUAUUUGGAAGCUAAAACUAAAACACAACUUGAAGGGUAUUUGGAGCAACUACUCCGACUUUAUCAUCAGAGACCAAAAUGGCAAGGAUCAAACAGACCUGGAAGCUCAUCGUAAACUUCUCGACGUGUUCUCAAACAUAGAGGAGUUACAAGAAAAGAGAAACAAUCUGCCCAACAUCCCAGCUCGUGUUGGCCUUGCGCUGAAUGGAUGGAAACCCAAAACCCCUGCACAAUAUGUCCUGGAAUACUUUGAAAUAGAUUUUGAGAACGCUAAGCAAUCUGAAUUGGUUCCAUUUAACGGACUGAUUGAGAAAGGAAUUGAUUUCUUUCUGACUGAUCAAAGAGGGAUGUGGAGCACUUACAAAGAUUUGUAUGAAGGGUUCAAAGAAAAGAUAGUCUUGAACAAGACAGUUAAGGAGAUAAGAUACAGCGCUAAGUUGGUUACUGUGAUCACGGACGAUGGAGCAGUGUAUACGGCAGACUAUGCACUUUCUACCUUCAGCAAUGGUGUACUUGCAAGCGACAUGGUUAAAUUCACGCCACCUUUACCAAAAUGGAAACAAGAAGCAAUCUUGAUGGUGCCAAUGUCUGUUUACACUAAAAUCUUCUUAAAGUUUCCAAGAAAGUUUUGGGAUAACCACGAAUAUAUUCUUCAUGCUGGACGCACACGUGAAAACUUUCCUGUUUUUCAGGACUUGACAGGACCAGGAAUUUUUCCAAGCGAUAGUGGGCUUUUACUGAUUACUGUCACCGGUGAUGAGGCUAGAAGAAUCGAAAAGCAGACUUUUCAAGAAACAAAAGCUGAGAUUGUGAAGAUGUUGAAAGGAGUCUAUGGUCCAGACAUCCCUGAGCCAACUGACGUGCUUUAUCCUCGAUGGUCUUUGAACAAGUACGUUCGAGGAAGUUAUUCUGACAUCCUUGUAGGGUCUUCAGAAGAAACCUUCAAAAACCUUUCUAAAAAUCUUGGAAAUCUGUACUUCUCCGGUGAAGGCACGUGCGAGAAAUGGUAUGGKUACAUGCAAGGUGCCUAUYUUACUGGACAAAAGCAAGCUGGAUCCAUUGCUAAGCGUAUAUUGCAAUGAGCUACUUAAGCAGCUCAUGCUAAUGAUUGUAUUAACGAUGGAUUUGUUGGAAAAACAAAGUGUCUACAUGCUAAAUAAAUAAAACUUAAGGGGAGAAAUAAUGACUUUCUGUAGUAUUCGAUCAUCGUGGCCACCUUUUUGAGAAAGAUUAAUAAUGUACAUGUUUGACUGAACAAAUACCGAUGCAAUUAAGAUUAUCCAAAAUCCCCUUAGGCCUUAUUAGCUUUGAUGGUGUCGCCUUUUAAAACAUAGCAAAAUUUUUGGAAAUAAGUGUACCAUAACUUUUGAGAUAAUUUUUUAUAGCACUACAAUUCAAGAUACUUCAAUGUACUUAUCUGAUU